AUGGCAGGUUGCGCGGCAGCCCCAUCCACGCCCAGCCCCAGAGGAGCCCUGCAGGCAAUAGGGCAGCGCUGCAGCACCAACACGCCCCGGGCCGCCCCCGCCAUCCCCCGGCAGUGGGCUCCUGCGAGGGAAAGGCCGCUUGUGACAGGCUGCGGGGAGCCGGCAGGCACGGCCCCGCCGCGGACACGCGUCCCCGAGCGCAGGCGGCUCUGGCCCGGCGGUGCCCAGGGGAACACGGUGUGUCCAGGCGCUUGCAGGGGCGGGAGCCCGGCCAGAGCGGGCCCGGCCGCAGCCGGCGGGGGACAGCUGCCAGGGCGAAAGGGCGGCAACGGAUGGGGUUCAAGGGUGAUCCCUUCUGCUCAGCACUCGUUGGGCCUCAUUCAGGCAUUAUGUCCUCAUUGGGCUCCUGGAGACAGGCUGGCAAACUUAAGAAGCUCAGGGGGCAAGGCAGGUUUGUGUGGAUGGGACUGUCCAGGAUGGAGUAGAGAAGGCCUUGGUGCAUGUCACAACGUGGUGCCUAUAGGUCAUGCAAAGAAACCUGGAUGCCAGCCACAGAUGCUGAGUGUUUUCAGACUUCUCCCCAGCAUCACUGCUGAUCUAACUGACGCACACUUGAGGGAAGAGAUACCUUCACAUGCUUGAGAAGUGGGCCAGUGUGACCCUCCUGAAGAUCAGCAAGGUCAAGUGAGAGGUCACACACCUGGAUUGGAGCAAUCAUCAUUUUCAAUGCAGGCUGGGUGGUGA